CUUGUAUAGGUGGCUUCAAGAUUUAUCAAAACCAACGGAAGAGGAGUAUCAAUGGACAAGAGCUUUAAUAACGGUUUUAUUAUAUCAAGGAAUUGUGACCCCAUAUGGAACAUCAGGGAUUAUAGUGACACCUCCCGGAUUUCGCCCAAUUUUAGUGAACACAGUAUGGAACGUUUUAGGUCUUCUGUGGAGAUACCAUAUCAGACGGAGAAAAAAUGUCGCGAGCUUAUCUUGCCAACAAGCUAAGACUCCUAAAAAAAAAAAUAAUGAUGAUGAUGGAAAUGAACUCGCCAGGUCGCCCAAAGACGAUAAAUGUCAUGUAUUCGACUCAAAGAAUGAAAAUCGUGAAAAAAUCACGAAAAACAAGAAAGGAAAGAAAAAAAAGAAAAAAGCAAUUCCUGAUAAGAAAGGUUGUGAAUCAAUACAUGCUUGGGACGUCGGUUCGCUGUGGAACUCCAACAGAUACGCUGACAAAUAUGAUUAUAUACAACAACAAGCAGAUAGCGAACUCGAGAGUAGAAAGAAUACCAGCAUUGCAAUGGUAAGAACCAACGACGCCAUGUCAUCUUGUGCUCCCGGACAAUAUCCUUACACGAGGAACUGGAAGUCAAGCGCCGUGCAUAAGAUGUCAGAAAGUAAUAGACAUGAAUCAUCAUAUGCACUUAAGAGUUCAAUCAUGGUAGUCGAAAAGAUCAAGAAUGAAUGUGAUCGUAAUCGUAUUGCAACUUCUGUUGAACGUGAUUUAUUGAGCAAAGAAUCAUAUCAUACUGAAUAUUUGAAAAGUAUUAAAGAAUUUGGCUUUAAUCACAUCAUUAUUGUCGGGGAACGUGACUUUAAAAUGCUUUUUAUUGACUGUUACGGCCGCAUAUUUGAGUGGGACUUUAUUAACUUUUUAUUAUGGCCACUUGGGAAUUAUUUAGAGGAUAAACCGCGGGUGGCAUGGGGUGUAGAGUUCAACGGGACCAUUACUGCAUUUGAAGUUGGUACGUGUGUAGAGUAA